CAUUGAGAAGUCUGCGGCGCUGGCGGCUGCCGGGCACGGGUUGUGGGCUGCGCGCUGCCCGGCCGGGAAGGGGCUGCCUGCUGCCUCCUGCCUCCUGCAUGGAAAGCUCAGGAAGAUGGAUGGGUCCCUGCUAGCCUGGCUGCUUCUCCUGGGGCUCGCAGCUGCAACUGAGGGAUUGGAAGUCAGGAUGCCUGAUAAGAAGAAGGUCGCCAUGCUGUUUCAGCCUGCCCUGCUUCGCUGCCACUUCUCUACAUCCUCCAGCCAGCCAGCUGUGGUCCAAUGGAGGUUUAAAUCCUACUGCCAGGAUCGUAUGGGGGAAGCCCUGGGUAUGGCCACCUCGGGUUUACAGGCUGUAAGCAAGAGGAACCUGGAGUGGGAUCCCUAUCUGGACUGCGUGGACAGCAGGAGGACGGUCCGUGUCGUGGCCUCCAAGCAAGGGUCUGCGGUCACUAUAGGGGACUUCUAUAAAGGAAGAGAUGUCACCAUAGUCCACGAUGCAGAUUUGCAGAUUGGGAAGCUGAUGUGGGGAGACAGUGGACUCUUGCUAGUACUGGGCAGGACAGGGCUGCUUGCUGAUCUCUUGCCCAGUUUUGCUGUGGAGAUUAUGCCAGAGUGGGUGUUUGUUGGCCUGAUAAUCAUGGGGGCUUUCCUGUUCUUCCUCCUGAUUGGGAUUUGCUGGUGCCAGUGCUGUCCCCAUAGCUGUUGCUGCUAUGUUCGUUGCCCCUGCUGUCCGGAUUCCUGCUGCUGUCCACGGGCAUUGUAUGAAGCAGGCAAGGCUGCUAAGGCUGGAUACCCAUCUGCUGUCACUUCCAUCCCAGGUCCUUACUACAUCCCUACCGUGCCAGUAGCUGGCAUCCCAUCCCCUGCUGUGCUGAUGGAGAAGUCGCAUCCCCCUCCCCUAGCCCCAAAUGACUCCAGUGGAGGAAGCCAAAAUGUCCGCAAGGGAUACAGGAUCCAGACCGACAAGGAGAGGGACUCCAUGAAGGUGCUGUACUACGUUGAGAAAGAACUGGCUCAGUUUGACCCAGCUAGGAGGAUGCGAGAGCGAUAUAACAACACCAUCUCUGAGCUCAGUUCCCUGCAUGAGGAGGACUUGAACUUCUGUCAGCCUUACCGCCAGGUGCGAAGGAAGCCGCUCCCUCCGGCCGGGGAUCUGGAUGGUGAUGCAGAGUACUGGGCAGGGGUGAUCGGUGGGGGUGGCACCUCGAGGUCACAGGCUGUCUCCGAUUACAGGGAGGAGAGGGACAGCUUCCGGCACAGCCAGCAGAAAUCGAAAUCGGAAAUGCUGUCGAGGAAGAGUUUCUCUGUGGGAGUACCAGCUGUCUCCAUGGAUGAGCUCGCAGCCUUCGCAGAAUCCUACAGCCAGCGCACCCGGCGGACAGAUGGCCAGGAGUCCCGGCGCUUUGAGAGGUCGGAGUCCCGAGGGGGGCGAGGUGGAGCAGUGCAGCACCAGGACACUACCUCAGAGGAGUACUACAGCAAGCGUAGGGGGAACCGAGAGCCAUUGACAGACUCGGAUCGAGGCUGGUCUUACAGCCCACCCAGGAGACGGGCUCAUGAGGAGAAGCACCUACCUAGGCUGGUGAGCCGGACGCCUGGAGGGAGCCAGAAGUAUGACCACUCCUACCUCAGCAGCGUCCUGGAGAGGAAGUCACGGAGCUAUGAUGAGAGUGGUGAACACAGCGAGACUCCCUCAAAGCUGAGCUCGCAGCCCAGCCAGAGGGGGGGAACAUACUAUGCCUGGUCACCACCAUCCACCUACAAAGCAGGGCAGCAGCAACAGCCACCACAGCAGGAAGAAGGAGAGGACACCCUACCCCCAUACAGUGAGAGGGAGCUGAGCCGGGGCCCUUCAUACAGGAGCAGGGACCAGGCCUACCUCAACGCCUCAGACAAGAAGAGGAAAAAGGAGCCCAAGAAAACAAACGAUUUUCCGACCAGGAUGUCCCUUGUGGUUUGAUGCUGCCGUGGAAGAGUUGUGUUGAUGGACUGGAUACCAUGAGCUGGCCGCAGGGACGAGAUACACAGCCAUGAGCCACAAGGAACCUUUGCAGCCACCAGCUGUGGACACUGUUUCAGUUGUGUGUUUCAUCAGGGUAGUAGAAGCCUUCUUUAGAGAUGGACUCCGACCAGCAGCACUCACCCCACUGACAACCAACAGCACUCACCCCACUGACUCUGGAGGAGUCUGCCAGGAAAAUAAAUAAGGACAGGGCUCUGUUUGGCAUUCUCGUCCCCAGAGUCCUCUCUGUCCCACACUGGAAGGCAGCUGUGUCCAUACUUCUUAUCCCAAAAGAGCUGAACUGCAAGCAGGGUUUUCUUUGGGUCUCUUACCCAGAAUGCCCUAUCCCAUGUUAAGAGCAGGUUGUCACUCUCCCUCACUGUUUCCUCUGUCCUGUGUUUAGAGGGAACUUCUCUCUGUACCUCUCACACUCAGAGCCUUUGCUGUGUCAUGCCAAGAGCUGGGGACUACCUCCCCUUCCCCCAAGCUGACAGAGGGUGUCAUUCUAACAGCUGCAGGUGACCUAAAGAUGACAAGGUCCCUGUUCCCUGAAAAUUGUGAAAGGGAAUAUGCACCUCUUGGGAACUCUCUAGGAAAAUACUGAUUUUUAAUGAUGUGUGUGUGAACCAUGGUAAGGGCUGAGCAGGGAGAGAAACAAAUGUGGUUGAUUUGUUUGAUAUUUUUCUUCCUAUUCAUUCAGUGAUAGGAGCUGCAAGUAAAAUCAGUGUACUGUUUUGAAAGUGGAUCCAAGUAGAUUUUAUUGUAAUGAGAGCAUCACUUGGUGCCCCACCCCCAUCGCUGUUUGUUGCAAUGAGUUUGUGUUUCCUUGCAGCUGAGCUAUGACCAUAUAAAGCUUCAGCUGGUUAUCUGCUUGAUUGUAUCCUAACCAGAGCUCCAUCUCUGUCAGUGGUCUGCUUGCAGUUUCAUCAUGUCUCCCUGGGUUAGGGGUCUUUUGUUUGAAAGAAGGAAGAAAGAGAAAAUUAUGCUAAGAAAUAGAAGCCAUGGGUCUUACUUCUAUAAGAUCAGCAUUAUUCCCUCCUGGUCAGGUGCCAGGAUAUUCAGUAGAGCAACAAUGAAACAAUCCUGAACAAAAGAAUAUUUGGAUGAAACAUGUGCUUUAAACCUCAGCCUCUUUCCAGUUACUAUCAUUUCAUCCAUUUCAGUCUUAACAUGAUUUUUGUGGCUAAUGUCUGAGGAACAGCUGAAUUUAGAAGCGAGCACUUCAUGCCAUCUGGAAGCAUGACAUUCCUGCUUUCAAGGACUACAAUGCAGUCAUUACUCACCAAAAUCAUAAUGGAAUUCUUGUGGAGGGAGAAAGUAAGAUGGAGAUCAGGAUAUGAUUUUAAGGUCCAGUAUCUUGCCAUGUGCUGCGGUAGAAAUGAAUGGCACCUCACAUCAGUAGGAUGGGGAGCCUGUGAUGCACAGCCUUCUUUCUACCUCAGAAGCUAUUGGCCUUAAAUCUGUUGCUAAACCCUCAUUAACAGUCCCUAUUUUGGGCACUGGUGAAGGACUGGACCUCAGACAGACUGAUUGUCAGUGUCUGUCUGUUAACGUAGUCACAGUUCCUUGCGACUUACAUACUUACUUUUGGAUUUGCACUUUUCUUGCUAUAUACUUAAUCGCCUCCCCUGCCCCAUUACUGCCCCAUGCUUCACUGAGAACAAUGGAGGUCAGUCUCUGGGGAUCUGAUGUUGCUGCUACUUUUUGCCAUAGCUGGAAAUGGGGGCUGUGGACCAUGUGCCAGGGAACAGAUCUGUUCUCCUUCCUCCCAGGUCCUUGUAUUGAUAGUAUUUUUGUAAAUCCCAGUUUGAGGUCUGCCCUGGAAAGAAAGAGAUCACUGUGCAAGCACACACUGUCCAGCUGGAUUUGUUCUGUGUUCUUGUUAGAGAGAAUAAAUGUAAAAAAAGUAUUUCCUCCUCUGCUCCUCUUUAGUAUAUAUUCCCAGAAAAAAACCCCCAACAGCAUUUGAUCUUCCCACACUCAUGCAUAUUAAAUAAGGGCUAGAAGGUCAAAGUUGCUCAUCUCACUGUGUCCUUUCUGACAGUCCCAGAGGUCAUUAUGGGUGGUAACCUGAAAGUGCUUUAGCAGCCAGUACCAUGUCAGGAGGGAGGAGAGACAGGGUUUUAAAAUCCUGUGGACACCUGUAUUUGCAAAAGCACUCUAGAGAUUGGAAUGCAGUUUUACCUUCCCCUGACAUCAAAUCUCUGGUUUAUUUAAUCCAAACCUCUGAGUGUAAUCUUGUGCAUUAAAACCAACAUACUUUUGACUGUUUAAAUGGA